CCGAAAUAUUUUUGCAUGUACUUGAUAUAUUAAUGAAAGUUUUAAUCAAUUUAAUUAAAACUUCUCUCUAGGAAAAAGCUCUAACUUCUCUCUAGGAGAGAGUUAGGGUAUCGUUACCGUUUUUUCAUGGCCGAAGGUUAUCCGGAUAAGAGUAAUGGUGGUUGGAGGACGGUGUCUCACAAUCGGAGCGGAGGAGGGAAGAGUUUGGGAUGGGAUGUGUUUCCGUGGGGAGGGAGAAAUUUGAACUCGCUCGAUAGGGGUUCGAGGAUGACGAAGGAGGUGACUUCAUUUUAUGUCUCUGAGUUCCCGGAUUCACAAUCUGCUAAAAAUCUGUUCGAACUAUUCAGAUGCGUGGGGAAUGUGGUGGAGGUUGCGGUGUCUCCGGGGAGGAACAAAAUUGGAAAAUGAUUUGGUUUUGCUCGUUUUCUUGAUGUGGAGGAUGGGAGGUGGCUGGCGGUUAGGCUCGAUAACAUUAUGAUAGCAGGUAAGAAGAUCCAUGUUUAUCUUCCGCGGUUCGUGAGGGGUUUGAAGGAGAAGGGGGUUAGGGCUGGUCGCGGGUCUGUUCCUGAACAGGAAAAAGGGGUUUUUUAGAAAUCCGGUGCUCGCAAGUAGGGAUUUAAGGUCUUUUGCAAAGGUUGUUACAGGCUCUGCAAAUAUAACAGGCAAGGAUGAAAGACUCAACCCGAGCCUUGUGUUCAAUUCGUGUGAGGAAAAAAGACAGAGGUUGCAGAAGGCUUUCGUGGGCAUAUCUUUGAUUCCCGGAGCGUACAAUAUUCAGGUUCACAUGGAGAUGAAGGGUAUACACGCAAUCAAGGUCAGUCCUCUUGAGGGUAACUUAUGUUUGCUGGAAGAGAUGGAGGCAGGGUAUAUCGAGGAUUUUCUGGGGCAAAAAGACAAUUGGUGGAAUAUGUGGUUUAGCGAAAUCAAAAGGUGGGAGUUAGGGGUGGUGGAUGAGUUCAUAGAGGUGUGGUUGAGGAUCUAUGAAAUUCCGGCUUUAGCAUGGCACUCGGAUUUCUUUGUUAAACUGGCAGAGGCAUGGGGAUCAUUCAUUUGCAUAGAUGAAAAAACCGCUGAUGGCAAAGUGAUGGAUGUCGCGCGUGUGAUGCUGAGAGUUCCUUUGGCUACGUCUUUCCCGAAUUGUUUAUCUGUUAGCAUCAACGGUGUUUUGUUAAAGGUCACAGUGAGAGAAGACGUUAUGGGAAUCGUUCGGUCUAGUCCAGGAGGCUAUUGAAGGUGGUGAUUCAAACAAAGAGGAGUUGACUACUGCAGAUUCUGGAAAUACACCUAUAAGCAAGACAUUAGGGAAGCGGUUUGCUGAUAAUCCCAAUUCAAUUACUGUGAAUGAUAUCAACGAUGGUGCUUCAUCGAUUGUUAAAUAUCCUAAAUGUUUAAAGCUUGAAAAAAAUCUGAUUGUGUGUCCUGCAUGUUAAAGCAUUGACGUUGUAUCUUGCAGUUAUUUUCUUUUUAAUUUAUCAUAUUAUGUUUUGAACCUUAUGUUAAAUUCUAUUUGGGAAUUGUUGCUGAACAAUGUUAAUGCCAAAUAUGGCAUUUGUUUUAUUGUUUUGAUUUGUUUUAU